UAAGUUACCGCAAUGGUACACUUAAUGUUUGAGUUGCUGCUGUUUAUUUCAUUCUGUCUGCUCCAUAUUUACGUGGUCAUCACUAACUGGAAAUGGUCCUUCGGACUGAUCGUACUGUACAUGGGUCACCGGCUGACCACGGUCAGGAGUAGACUGAUCAUCGCUGGGAAAGCGGUUCUUAUAACGGGAUGUGACACAGGAUUCGGAUUCCACAUCGCCAAGCGUCUAGACGACAUGGGCUUCACGGUAUACGCAGGAGUUUUGAAUGAAAACAGCGACGGGGCCGAGGCCUUACGUUCUCGAAAAUCACAAAACCUACAUGUCAUCAAACUCGAUGUCACGAAAGAGGAAGACGUAAAUAAAUCAUUAGAAUAUGUGACCAGUAAUAACAAAGCAGAUCUGUGGGCAGUGGUAAACAAUGCAGGCAUUAAUAUGCCGGGGGACGUGGAGCUAGCGACAGUAGACCAGUACAAGAAAUGUGCCGAAGUUAACCUGUACGGUCCAAUACGUGUAAUUCGGGCUUUCCUUCCACUCAUUCGUAGAUCUAAAGGACGAAUUGUAAAUGUAUCGAGUGUGAUGGGACGCUAUUCCUCGCCAAAUCAGUCAAUGUAUCAUGUAACCAAACAUGGUAUAGAGACUAUGACCGACUCUCUCAGAAUGGAGAACUUCGAUGAAGAGGAUCCAGAGUGAAGCUGACUAUAUGUGGGACCAAGCCUCGGAGGACGUUAAGGAGACAUACGGACGACACUACUUCUACCGAAAUGUGGUGCACACAUUUAGCAACCAGGAACAGGUACCUAUAAGCCCUGUCACUGAGGCGGUAGAGAACGCCAUCAUCACUGAAAACCCCAACAUCAGAUACCUGGUACCAGGAUAUUAUCUCGACAAAUUUUCCAUACUUGUGUCUACUGUUUCCUGCCGAGAUGGAUUACGGAUAUGAUAGCGGACAGAAUAACUGGAUACUCAUCUUUUCCCAUAUGACAUUAAUGGUGUAAUUAUUGAAAAACAUUUAAAAGAACACAUCACAUUCAACUGACAUGGAAAAAUACAUCUUUCAAGUUGUGAAUAAAUGUUAUCUAUCAUAUUGUAACUGCAUUCACUAUUGUGUUGCAGCCUAUCCCAUAACAAACGUUGAGAUAUAUGUUGGAGCGGGCUUAUUUAUAAACAAUUGGGUGACCGUCGGCUGAAAUGAUGUGAUUACACAAUACGCUAUUGAAAAGUGUAAUUGUAAAUUUGGCCUUGAACAUGAAACAAUUUACAUUAUAAUUCAUAAGACAUUUUAAUGACCUAUCUCUGAAAAUGAUUAUGUCCACAAUG